AGUUUAAUUCAGCCAGGUGCUUGCAGAAGGAAGUAUCUGCCCAGUCGGCAGCCUCUGGGACCUCAACAGCCCCGGGCAAAGAAGACACGUGGGGAAAUUGUCUCCGUCGUCACUGAGAGGAUGCUGCAGCAGGGGAACAAACUGCCUAGGAUGCCAAACACUCCGGAGGAUGGCGUGUGCUCCUUGGCGCUGCCCUCGGACAAGCAGCUGGACAGGAAGAGCGAGGCCCCCGACGCCGUCGAGGGGUUCAAGAGCGCCCGGGUGCAGGAGCAGGUCCGCAUGAGGAUGCUGCAGAAGAGCCACUCGACCCCCAGGACCAACGGAGCAAUGAUGGACUACGCGGAGCUGAAAGGUGGAAACUCCACCAAUGGCCAAUGCAGCACUCUGCAGCAGCACUACAGCUCCAGAUCCCAGACAAAUGGCACAGCCCCCAAAAGCUCUCUGUACCAAACACCAGCUGGAAAGAAAGGUUACAGCACCGUGAAAAAUACUAGCUGGUCCUCUCGCUCAGCGGUGGACCUCAGACCCAACAACAGAAUGGCCUCCAUCAGCAAUGGCAUUGGGCAAAAGGGCCUGGCUUAUAGCCCAAAUUACACGCUGUCUCAGUCUGCCGGCACUGCCCCCCGCCCCAGGUCUUUACAUGAGCGGAACUACCGGGGGCAUCAGAACUAUGACACCAUGUCCCUGCGCUCCCUGCGCCUGGCGGAUGGGCCAGGCAGUCCUGGGGGUGUGGAUGACCACUACAGCAUUGUGUCUGAGCAGCUGGAUCCACUGGCUCAGGCAGCUCUCUACAAAAACCGGGCAGGUGGCGGCUUCAGCAGAUCCUACACCUUUGAAAGGCAGAUGAGCGCCGGCUCCAAUGCCGGCAUGAAGGGGCCCAUCGACUGGAUGGAUGGCGUGGAGGCACCACAGAACAGGCCCAUCAUCCGCGCACCGGCCAUGCGCACCUUGCAGCGCUUCCAGAGCAACAACCGCACCCGCACGGGCAGCUACGGUGCGGUCCAUGCUUCUCAGGUCGGGAACUCCUAUGCAGGAAUGAUGGAACGCAGUUCCCGUGCCCCCUCUGUGCGCAGCUUGGCUGACUCCAACCACCAUUUGCAAGACCUGCGUGCCAUUGACAUGUACGAUGGUCAGAACACACUGAUGUCCCAGCAGUCCUUCUCUGGAGGGUUUGAUGACAUUGAUCUCCCUUCUGCGGUGAAAUACCUGAUGGCCAGUGACCCCAACCUACAGGUGCUUGGAGCUGCCUACAUCCAGCACAAAUGCUAUAGUGACAAUGAUGCCAAGAAACAGGCUCGCAGCCUCCAAGCCGUGCCCAAACUAGUGAAGCUCUUCAACAACUCCAACCAUGAGGUGCAGCGCCAUGCCACUGGAGCCAUGCGCAACCUCAUCUAUGACAAUGCUGAAAACAAGCUGGCCCUGGUGGAAGAAAACGGGAUCUAUGAGCUGAUGCGUACUUUAUGCGAGCAAGAUGAUGAAUUGCGCAAGAAUGUCACAGGCAUCCUCUGGAAUCUGUCUUCCAGCGAUAACCUCAAGGACCGCCUGGCCCGUGACACACUGGAGAAGCUCACAGACCUGGUCUUGAUUCCCCUGUCUGGGACAGGCAGUGCUGCUCUUAUCCAGCAAAAUGCCUCAGAGGCAGAAAUCUUCUACAAUGCUACUGGCUUCCUCAGGAAUCUUAGCUCUGCCAGCCAGCAAACUCGUCAGAAGAUGCGUGAAUGCCAUGGGCUGGUAGACUCCAUGGUCAAUUACAUUAACAGCUCACUAGAAGUAGGGAAGUCAGAGGACAAGAGUGUAGAGAAUGCCGUCUGUGUACUGCGCAACCUCUCCUACCGUCUCUAUGAUGAGAUGCCUCCUUCUGCACUCCAGAGACUGGAAGGCCAAAGGAGGGGUGAGGGGCCAACCAUGACUAGCGAGCUGGUUGGAUGCUUCAGCCCACAGGGCAGGAGAGCUCGAGAGCUCCACAUGAACUCAGACAUUGUGACUUUCACAGAGGUAUCUAAGGAUCCCAAAGGGAUGGAGUGGCUGUGGAACCCUCAAAUUAUAGGAGUGUACAACAGGCUGCUGCAGAGAUGUGAGCUAAACAAGCACACCACGGAGGCAGCCUCUGGGGCUCUUCAGAACAUCACAGCAGGAGACCGGAGGUGGGCUGGUGUCCUCAGCAGAGUGGCUUUGGAGCAAGAGAGGAUCCUGAACCCAGUGCUGGACAGAGUCCGCACAGCUGACCAUCACCAACUUCGUUCACUGACAGGACUGAUUCGGAAUCUCUCCCGGAAUGCGCGCAAUAAGGAUGAGAUGUCAACCAAGGUGGUGAGUCAUUUGAUCGAGAAGCUCCCAGGCAGCUCUGGAGAGAAGUGGCCUCCAACAGACGUGGUUGUCAACAUUAUUGCUGUGCUGAACAACUUGGUUGUGGAAAGCCCCGUUGCUGCACGUGACAUUGUCUACUUUGAUGGCCUGCGGAAACUAUUCUACAUCAAGAAGAAAAGGGACAGCUCAGACAGUGAGAAGUCAUCGAGAGCCGCUUCCAGCCUCCUGACCAACAUGUGGCAGUACAGCAAGCUUCAUCGGGACUAUAAGACGAAGGGCUAUCGAAAAGAAGACUUUGUUGGCCUGUAAA